AAAAAAUUGCCCUAUAUAUAUCCAUACCCUCUGUUAGUUCCUCAUAACAAUAGCUUGUUAGUUGUUAGGCCACAUGGAGCUUCAGUUAGGUCUGGCUCUCCCGACUCAGAAUCCUAUAUUCAACCCAACCAACUAUGGCUUGGAGUGUUCAGAGUUAAGGAGGCCCGGCUUCUGUAUUGAGAGCCGCGGGCAUGUAAAAAACAAGCGCAGCUUUGAAGAGUCAUUCGGACAUUCUUCGAAAACUCUGCCUUUACUGGUAUGGAACGGACAGCCAAACGAAGAAGAUAACCGAGGUGGGAAGAGAAACAGAAACACUCAUCCGGAAAACGAGACUAACGAAGAAGAAAACCGUUUGGUGGGAUGGCCCCCAAUUAAAUCAUGGAGGAAGAAGAAAAUCCAUCAGCAACAUCCAAGAGUCCCGAUCAGAAACUAUAGGAUGCUAGCUGAGAAUGGAAAUAGAGGAUCAAACUCUUUGUUUGUUAAAGUUAAGAUGGAAGGAGUAGCCAUAGGACGGAAGAUCAAUUUGAGGCUUUACAGCUCUUAUGAGACUCUUACAAAUGAGCUAAUUAGCAUGUUUAAUAAAUACCAGAAACCCGAGGAAGAUAAGGCAAAUUAUACACUUACGUAUCAGGACGAAGAAGGGGACUGGCUGGUUGCUGGCGAUGUUCCCUGGCAAUCCUUCAUUGACUCCGCUAAACGCUUGGAGAUAGUAAGGAGUGGCGUUGAAGAAUCCACUUCCAGCAAAUAGAUUGAACUUCUAUGUGCUGAUCUUUAUGUGCUCUUUAGGCCAAAAAUUUGCGUGUAUCGGUUGUAGAAAGCAAAGUUUUAUGUACACACGAAAGAAUAUAUAUGUACAGGGGUAACAAGUGAAAAUCUUAAGCCAGUUAGAUUUUCAUGAUCAAGCAACCAAAGGGUAGGAGGAGGGUAUAAUUUCUUCAAGUUGUUUGCAUUAUUACAGUCCUCAUCUGGUUUAAGGCGACGUGUCCAAUAGAAAAAUUUUGCUUUAUGUUCA